CGCCACACAUAUAAGUAACCCACCUAGCUAGAACCCCACCCCCCUAAUAUAUACCUCCUACGAGCAAGGAAUAUCCUAAAACGUGGGUAACGAUAAGAAACAUCGCGAAGUCCUAGGCAUCCCGGGCGUCGAGAACGUCCGGCUCAUCGGGAAGGGCUUCCAAGGCGCCGACCACUACGGCAUCAAGAACAAAACCAUCACCAAGUCGCUCUCUCACGACUGGCACGAGAAAUAGCUGCCUCCAAAGGAGUUCGAGGCGGGGAACACGCGGUUCCAGCGCUGGCACAUGGACGUGCCGCUUUACGGGAGCGACCCGGCGUUUUUCACGACCCUGCGGUGUAUCAGGCGGCCUACCGAGCCCCAGGUCAACAUCCGCUGGGACGACGGUUCGGGCCUCAGUAUGAAGGCGGAUCCGGGGCUUACGGCGUUUAUAAGUAAUGUCCAGAUGUAUGAGAUGAUGACGGAAGAUGAGAAGAAGAUGCCGGACCACAGUUGGGUAGAAUAUGCUCCGCAUCCGUACGUGUGGAUAGGGGAUUGUAAAGGGAAUUCGAAUGGUCUUGGCCUUGUCAGUCAGGGUAAAGAGAAGAAGCUCGAGGAUGUCAGCGACUUCGACCCGAAGGGUGUAAAAACGUAUCCCAUGGUCUGGGUCAAUACAGUGACAGGCGAGAAAGCAUUCCAAGUCCACGGGAUUUGCGCAAGGAAGCUGUUCAUCCGCUCGUCCCCGACGGAAGAGCCCAGGGUGAUAGAGGAUCUCGUAGAGAUCAGGAACUUGUUAAAGACUAUCCAGGAAAGAGUAUUGAAGCCCGAGUACGUCUUGAUCCCGAGCCUGGAAGAAGGGGAUAUUGCAAUGUGGGCCAACUAUCAGAUGUUUCACACGGCUAUCGACUAUCCUGACUGGAUUGGUUCACGGACUAUGCAUCAAGCUAAUAUCGCUUCAUCAACUGGCCCAAUUGGCCCGGUCCCAAUUCCGGUCCAGAUUUAAGGUUAAAUCCUCGGGCAUUGUAACAACUUUCCUCUCUUGGGAUACUGUAUUUGGGAGCCGCAAAGUCUCGUGGCAGAAAGGCCCGAGCCUGUUUAUUACCGCCGUAAAUCAUAUACAGCAGCUAUCUAUUUCUUAUAUGGUGACGCGCCGCUAGGUUUCAUAGCGCUUUUUUGUUGGGACAAGGUGAUUGCUCAAACCCUGUGCUAUCAGUUUUGGGAGCGUCACGAUACCCCUUUCAAUGCUUACUAUAGAAAAAUGCGAGGCAGCGGUC